AUGUCUCGAAGACCACCGCCAAACCCCGCUGCUGAAAGAGCGGCCCAAAACCAGCUGACAAUCAAGAGCCUCUUGAAGUUGGAGUGCAAUAAAAUAUGCGCUGACUGCAAGAAGAACAAGCACCCGCGAUGGGCUAGUUGGAACCUCGGUGUCUUUAUUUGCAUCCGGUGUUCGGGCAUCCACCGUGGCAUGGGAACGCAUAUCAGCAGAGUCAAGUCUGUCGACCUCGAUUCCUGGACCGACGAACAGCUCCGAAGCAUCCUCAGCUGGGGCAAUGCGCGCGCGAAUAAAUACUGGGAGGCCAAGCUGGCCCCCGGCCACGUACCCUCCGAAUCCAAGAUCGAGAAUUUCAUCCGCACCAAGUACGAACUCAAACGAUGGACAAUGGACGGCCCCAUUCCCGACCCUGCCAGUCUUGAUGUCGACGGUGAUGACGAUGUGCCGUUGAGCCUGGUUAAGGAGAAGCAGAACGUGGAGCGGAGGGAAUCGGUUCGCAAGAGUUCGGUUGGAAAAUCGGCGGCUCCUCCCAGGAACGUUACUUCCCCGCAGCCGCAGGUCGAUCUUAUCGGCGGCGAUCCCAUCCCCAGAGCCAGCACGGCCGGCCCGCAGCCCGGCAAAGUGCCCCCGAAAUCCGACCCCGCGCCCCCCAAGGCUACGAGCACUAAGGACUCUCUACUGGGACUGGAUUUCUUCGGCGAACCCGCUGCCCCUCCUCGACCCGCCAGCACCAACAAUGCGGGGGCUAUGGGAGGACCUUCGCGGCCAGACCUUAAGCAAUCUAUCCUAUCACUCUAUGCCUCGGCUCCGCGACCGCAACCCCAACAGCAGCAGCAACAACAAGCCCAGGCCGCCGGCGGAGCAUUUGGCGGCAUGCCGUCGCCUACCUUCGGACACCAACAGCAACAGUCGUUUGGCGGCAUGACUGAUGCCUUUAGCAGCCUCAGCUUCUCUAAUACAAACAACCCCAAGCCGGCCCAGACAGAUCCAUUCGCAAGCCUGGCCAGCCCUGUCGGCAGUAGCAGGUCACCACCACCGGCGUCGAACAACGCCUUUGGCGGUCUCAGCGGCGGAAGCUUCUUCGACUCCAAGCCGGCCGCCCCUGCCCCCUCCACGCAUCAGAAGCAACCUUCCAACAGUGGCCUUGGCGGAUUUGGCUGGUCCAGUUCCCCCGCCCCAGCUCCGGCCCAGUCCCAGCCGAAGCCUGCUCAACCGGCUUCGUCCAUGGGAGACCUGUUCGAUCUGUCCGCUCCUUCCCAGCCUGCCGCUGCCCCCAGCAAGCCCUCUCCCACCCCCGCAUCUUCCUCUGUCUUCAACCUCUCCUCGAACCAACCCAAGUCACCGCCUCCUGCUACCAACCCGAGCGCGGCCGCCACGAGCGCAAUUGGUGCAGGGAACUGGUCUAACUCGGACGUCUGGGGCUCCAAUGCCUGGAGCACACCCGACGCAAGCACUGCGCCUGCCGCUCCCAAGCCUACGGAAACACCCAAGCCUGCCUUUGGAGGAACCGGCGACUUUGGCGGAUGGGGCUCGUCUGGAGUGUCCUCCGGACUGUCUACUGGAUCCUUCGCCAACACGCCGAUUGUUCCUGGAGCGUCCGGUGGUUUCAGCGCCGCGCCCAAGGUUGCGGCCGACGAGGAGUUCGGUGGAUGGACCAGCAGCACAGAACCCGCUGCCAGUUCCGGGUCUGCCAAGCCAAUCGGUGGCAGCGAGGAUCUCUUUUCGAAUGUCUGGCAGUAA